UCCUGUCCCCCAGAACAGCACAGCGCGGGGAACGGUCGCAGGUUGCCUUUGGAAAGGGCCUCCCGCGGGUUCCCCUUCCGUUCUGCCUGGCGACUUCCGCUCUCGGCCCAGCAACAUGGACGCUGCAACCCGCCGGCCGGGCGGCCGCUGAGCAGUCGCGGAAGCUUCCCCACUUGAGUGGCGGCCGGCCCGCCUCUCUGCCCUCCCGCCCCACGCUCGCCUCCCUGCGGCCGGCCGGCCCGGCCCUACAUGGGGGCGGGCCUCCGCAGCUUGGGCUCGGCUUCCUGUUCAGAGGCGGCCUGGCGCUAGGCGGCGGCCACUCUGCCCGCGCCCGCCUCGGUGCGGUCACCGAGCCCGGGAGGAGGCUCCAGGGCCGCAUCUCAGGCGGUUGCCCCGAGCCGGGCUGUACGCCGCCAUGGCCCCAGUGCAGCUGGACAACCACCAGCUGAUCCCUCCUGGCGGCGGCGGUGGCAGCAGCGGCGGCGGAGGCAGCAGCAGUGGCUCCGCGUCUGCCCCGGCUCCCCCGCCGCCCGCAGCCGCUGUGGCGGCGGCAGCUGCGGCGGCAGCUAGCCCCGGCUACCGGCUUAGCACGCUCAUCGAAUUUCUGCUCCACCGGGCCUACUCGGAGCUUAUGGUGUUGACGGACUUAUUGCCAAGGAAAUCUGAUGUGGAAAGGAAAAUAGAAAUUGUACAGUUUGCUAGCCGGACACGUCAACUCUUCGUUCGAUUAUUAGCUUUAGUAAAAUGGGCCAAUGAUGCUGGCAAAGUAGAGAAGUGUGCGAUGAUCUCAAGCUUUUUAGAUCAGCAAGCUAUCUUAUUUGUGGAUACCGCUGACCGCUUGGCCUCCUUAGCUAGAGAUGCCCUGGUCCAUGCACGCCUGCCUAGUUUUGCUAUCCCAUAUGCCAUUGAUGUACUGACUACUGGCUCUUAUCCACGGCUUCCAACCUGCAUCAGGGACAAAAUUAUUCCUCCAGACCCAAUUACCAAAAUUGAGAAACAAGCCACACUUCAUCAGCUUAAUCAGAUUCUUAGACAUAGGCUUGUAACGACAGAUCUUCCUCCACAGCUAGCAAAUCUUACAGUGGCAAAUGGCCGUGUGAAGUUUCGAGUUGAAGGAGAAUUUGAAGCAACCUUGACAGUGAUGGGUGAUGACCCAGAAGUCCCAUGGCGUCUUCUCAAGCUAGAAAUUCUAGUUGAGGAUAAGGAAACAGGAGAUGGGCGAGCUUUGGUUCAUAGCAUGCAAAUCGAUUUUAUCCAUCAGCUGGUCCAGUCUAGGCUCUUUGCUGAUGAGAAACCUCUUCAGGACAUGUACAACUGCCUACAUUGUUUCUGCUUAUCGCUUCAACUAGAAGUAUUACAUUCCCAGACACUAAUGUUAAUCCGAGAGAGGUGGGGAGACCUUGUACAGGUGGAAAGAUACCAUGCUGGAAAGAGCCUCUCCCUCUCAGUUUGGAAUCAACAGGUUCUAGGGAGAAAAACAGGCACAGCAUCUGUUCACAAAGUUACAAUUAAAAUCGAUGAGAAUGAUGUCUCCAAGCCUUUACAGAUUUUUCAUGAUCCUCCUUUGCCAGCUUCUGAUUCUAAAUUAGUAGAAAGAGCCAUGAAGAUUGACCACUUAUCAAUAGAAAAGCUCCUGAUUGACAGUGUACACGCACGAGCCCACCAGAAGCUGCAGGAACUGAAGGCCAUUCUUAGAAGCUUCAAUGCCAAUGAAAACUCUUCCAUAGAGACUGCACUUCCAGCUCUUAUUGUACCCAUCUUGGAGCCUUGUGGUAGUUCGGAGUGCCUACACAUUUUUGUAGAUUUGCAUUCUGGAAUGUUCCAAUUGAUGCUUUAUGGACUUGACCCAGCCACUCUGGAGGACAUGGAAAAAUCUUUGAAUGAUGACAUGAAGCGGAUCAUCCCUUGGAUUCAGCAACUUAAGUUUUGGCUGGGACAACAGCGUUGCAAACAAUCUAUAAAACAUCUGCCUACAAUAACCACUGAAACGUUGCAGCUUGCCAACUAUUCAACACAUCCCAUUGGAAGCCUUUCUAAGAAUAAACUGUUUAUUAAACUUACUCGUCUUCCACAGUACUACAUUGUUGUGGAGAUGCUUGAGGUUCCUAAUAAGCCUACGCAGCUAUCAUAUAACUAUUACUUUAUGUCGGUGAGUACUGCCGAUCGUGAGGACAGCCCUGUCAUGGCACUGCUGCUGCAGCAAUUCAAAGACAACAUCCAGGACCUGAUGUCCUAUACAAAGACUGGGAAACAGACCAGAACUGGUACCAAGCACAAGUUGUCUGAUGACCCAUGUCCGAUAGACUCCAAGAAAGCCAAACGGUCAGGAGAAAUGUGUGCCUUCAAUAAAGUUCUAGCUCACUUUGUUGCUAUGUGUGACACCAACAUGCCAUUUGUUGGUCUUCGAUUGGAGUUGUCUAACCUCGAGAUACCACAUCAGGGAGUGCAAGUGGAAGGUGAUGGCUUCAGCCAUGCAAUUCGCUUAUUAAAGAUUCCUCCCUGUAAAGGAAUAAGUGAGGAAACACAGAAGGCCCUGGACCGCUCUCUUCUUGAUUGCACUUUCCGUUUACAAGGUAGAAAUAACCGAACUUGGGUGGCAGAGUUAGUGUUUGCAAAUUGUCCGCUUAAUGGCACUUCCACCAGGGAGCAAGGACCAUCCCGACAUGUUUACCUGACGUAUGAAAAUUUGUUGUCUGAACCUGUUGGUGGUAGAAAAGUAGUUGAAAUGUUUCUUAAUGACUGGAGUAGCAUUGCCCGAUUAUACGAGUGUGUGUUGGAAUUUGCACGUUCUCUACCAGAAAUACCUGCUCAUCUGAAUAUUUUCUCAGAAGUUCGUGUUUAUAAUUAUCGAAAGCUAAUCUUAUGUUACGGAACCACCAAAGGAAGCUCAAUUAGUAUCCAGUGGAACUCCAUUCAUCAGAAAUUUCACAUUGCAUUGGGAACAGUUGGACCGAACUCAGGUUGCAGUAACUGUCACAAUACUAUUCUCCAUCAACUUCAAGAAAUGUUCAACAAAACACCAAAUGUGGUUCAGUUAUUACAGGUUUUGUUUGAUACUCAGGCACCAUUAAAUGCUAUCAACAAACUCCCUACUGUUCCAAUGUUGGGCUUGACCCAGAGAACUAACACCGCCUACCAGUGUUUCUCCAUUUUACCGCAAUCAUCCACCCACAUCAGACUGGCCUUCAGGAACAUGUACUGCAUUGACAUAUACUGCCGUAGUCGAGGCGUCGUGGCAAUACGGGACGGUGCCUAUAGUCUUUUUGACAACAGCAAGUUAGUUGAAGGCUUCUAUCCUGCACCAGGAUUAAAGACUUUCCUGAACAUGUUUGUUGAUAGCAAUCAAGAUGCUCGGAGAAGAUCUGUAAAUGAGGAUGAUAACCCUCCUUCUCCUAUAGGAGGUGAUAUGAUGGACUCUUUAAUAUCACAGCUCCAGCCACCUCAGCAACAGCCAUUUCCAAAGCAGCCAGGGACAUCAGGCGCUUACCCUCUUACUUCACCCCCUACAUCCUAUCACAGCACAGUUAAUCAGUCCCCCUCUAUGAUGCACACACAGUCUCCAGGAACCCUUGACCCUAGUUCUCCAUACACUAUGGUGUCACCAAGUGGACGAGCUGGAAACUGGCCUGGGUCUCCUCAAGUGUCUGGACCCUCACCAGCAACCCGUUUGCCUGGAAUGUCACCAGCUAACCCAUCUCUGCAUUCUCCUGUUCCAGAUGUUUCUCAUUCUCCUCGAGCUGGCACAAGUUCCCAGACAAUGCCAACCAACAUGCCUCCACCUCGAAAACUACCUCAGCGCUCCUGGGCAGCAUCUAUACCCACCAUUCUCACUCAUAGUGCCUUGAACAUCUUACUGCUACCCUCUCCAACGCCAGGCCUUGUGCCUGGCCUGGCAGGUAGUUACCUUUGUUCCCCACUUGAGAGAUUCCUUGGAUCUGUCAUCAUGAGACGACACCUUCAAAGAAUUAUCCAACAGGAAACGUUGCAGCUGAUCAAUUCCAAUGAACCUGGUGUAAUCAUGUUCAAGACAGAUGCCCUGAAAUGCAGAGUAGCCCUUAGUCCCAAAACCAACCAGACCCUUCAGCUAAAAGUGACACCUGAAAAUGCAGGACAAUGGAAACCUGAUGAGCUUCAAGUUUUGGAGAAAUUCUUCGAAACAAGAGUUGCAGGACCGCCAUUUAAAGCCAACACACUUAUAGCCUUCACCAAGCUGUUGGGAGCGCCGACACACAUCCUCCGGGACUGUGUGCACAUAAUGAAGUUGGAGUUGUUCCCAGACCAAGCAACGCAGCUGAAAUGGAACGUUCAGUUUUGCCUCACCAUCCCUCCCAGUGCACCACCAAUUGCACCUCCUGGGACACCAGCUGUGGUCCUGAAAUCCAAAAUGCUAUUUUUUCUUCAACUAACUCAGAAAACAUCAGUCCCUCCCCAAGAACCUGUUAGUAUAAUAGUUCCAAUUAUUUAUGAUAUGGCUUCAGGUACCACUCAGCAGGCAGACAUUCCCAGACAGCAGAACUCUUCUGUUGCUGCGCCAAUGAUGGUCAGCAACAUUCUGAAGAGGUUUGCAGAGAUGAACCCUCCACGACAAGGUGAAUGCACAAUAUUUGCAGCUGUUCGUGAUUUAAUGGCUAAUCUUACACUGCCCCCUGGUGGGCGUCCAUAGACACUAUUGUUUUUAAACCAGGAAGGCUGACUAAUGAAACAAAACAACACACACACACACAAAAAGGCUGAAUUCAGCCUUCAGUUUUAAAAAUGAAAAGGACUUUUUUUUUUAACCUUAAGAGCUAAAUAUUCUAAACUGGCAACAUUUUCAGGGUGCACUUCAUCAAAAAGACCAUCAAAUUUUUUGUAUAGUGAACUUGUAUAGUGUGUUUAAAAUGCGACACAUUUCAAACUAGGUAACAGAUCAGUGUCCUCGUGCCAGUAAUAGAUUUAAUAUUCUGUUUUAUACUAUAAAAUAAUGAAAAUGCCAAACUUGUUUAUUUAAUUGUUUUCUUAUGUUUUGGGUGUAAUGGUCCUUUUUGAUUUUUUUUUUUUUAAGGCAGGUCUGUCAGUUUUGAAUACUGUAAAACUGUGACAAACUUUAUAUUGAAGCUGUAUUUUAAUAUGCCCGCUUUGAAUCCUUACUCCGAAAUGGUUUUGGGAGCUGUUAAACACAUCCCAAAGAAGCAAUAUUUAAUAAAACUAGGAUCUAAAAGAGACACUCACUUGUGUAUGUAUAAGCUCUCUAGAGUUCUUAGGGCCUCCCUUCAUCUUUAACCUGGUGGGGCCAGUCAGUUUUUCAAUUAUAUAUGUCUGAAAUUUGACCAAAAACAUUCUUGUUUUAAGGUUAGUUUCUUCAGCCAUUCCUCACCUGACUGGUGAUAGUAUUUAGCACCUCAGUUGUUUUUCAGUAUAGGAUUUCGAUAAAACAAAAGAGCUUUGUCUUAUAAAGAGAGUGAUUUAUAAUGAUCAAGGAUCCCAAAUAAUACGAUUCUCGUGUGUGAGAAAAUGGGAACCUUUUUGCUAGGAAAAUGUCAUUUUUAAGGUAUACUUAAAAAUGUAUACAGCAUUAACUAGGAACAAAAAACGUGACUGCUCUAAUUUGCAUGACGUUUUUCUUUUAUCUUAUUUAACUUUUUACCUUCGCCAGCCCAUUUGGGGUUGUUCUAAACAAUCUCAAUUUAAUCUGUCGUCAGCAAAACAAUAGGACGUUUUGCUGGUCACAACCUAGUCCAGUCAUUUAAAAAGUCCACAGUGCAGUGCCUGUCCAGUGUUCAGUGGAGUUUCUGGCACUGGUACGUCUCAAUAGGAUUUCUUUUUAAGAGUACUGUACUGUUUCUUGCAGCCAGUCAGGGACUUUUUAAACUUUAAUGAAUAUGGUGUGAUUCAAAUGUCAUCUGAUAACUUGAUGUUAUUUGGAGCAGUUUUUUUUUGUUGUUUUGUUUUGUGUGUUUUUUUUUUAAAUGAUAAUAUCAUGCUGAGUUAUCUAGACAAUGUAUUAUCCUUGAUGAAAUUUUAGAUGUUUGUCUGAUUACAUUUUAAGAUGAUUGAGCUUCUACAAGUAUAACCAUGAGAUUCUAGUUUUUUAAGUAUCUUACUGCAACUGUAUCAUGUGUUCUCCUCAACUUGGCUUGAGUCUCCCUUUGCAGUCAGAGUUGAGGCCUUCUUUGUCUUCUUUGUCUUUUUUCUGCUUUCAUCUCCUGCUUUUCACCCAACUCUGCCACUGUUCCAGAGUAGGGGACUAAACUUUUCUUCUUCCUUUAGCUUAACCUUUUUCUCCUUCUGUUUCCAGUUCUCUUCACAGUACUAAUCACAUGGGUUCGGCAAUCUAAGAUGUCUUGAUCAGGAGCCAAUCCUUUUCUAUUUGGAGCUGAAUCCUAGCUUUCAUGUAGAAAUCUACAUGUAUAUACAAGAAAUGUAUUUUUAUCUGCAGGAUGAUAUUGUUUCAAAUAAUUUUAUUAAUAGAAUUAACUUUUCAGGUAUUUUCUCUUUUAAGUGUGGUUUUAAAAUGUUAAAUGAAUUUUUAUACAUGAUGCAUUCAAUGGCUACUUUUUUCCUAAUUAUAACACCUUUGAAUGCAUUGUGUAAAUCAAGUAAGAUAGGAUUCAAUGAACAGAAUUUGAUUUUGAUGCUUAUUAAGAGUAAACCAAUGAAUUUGAAUUUUGAUAUCAUGCUUGGUACUUGGAAUUGGUAUAUACUUUAUUAAAGCUUGGAAAUACUUAGCAUUUGAAUCGUAACUUUCAUCACGAACCAUGUCUUUUGCCUCUUUUGUUAACCAGAUUCAAUCAAAGAAACUGGAUGCCAUAGUGAUUUUUCUCUAGUAGGUGGUUUGGAACUUGAUUUUAAGGUGUUUUCAAUGUGAUUUUAGUAUUUACGGUAAUAAAUAAAAUUUAUACAAGUUUCAGAGAACUACCAACUCUCUUUGGUGAAGAUGUUUUGGGUUGUAAUCCUGGCUUAGU